AUGGUCUACGUUAAAGUUUCAGUCGUCAUGAGCCGCGACAUCGAGUGCGACUGCACUACCAGGUACAACGGACUCAGCCAUGAAGCUGUCUUCCAACGUCGCUUCAACCCAGAAACCAACGAGUUUUACGUCGAUAAUCCAGCCGACAUUCUCGGCGCACUAGGCUGUUGCGGUGCUCUCAAAUUCAAAUCUCGCAAUGCGGACGGCGAAGUGACUAUUGAUGAAGGAUCGCAUGUAGCUGCCAUCGACAGCGCAUGCAGCGACAACGGAAAAGAAGGCGUUCGAGCUGCAUAUGGUGUUUAUGUGGGUGACACGACACCUCGUUGCGUUUCGAAGCUUCUCGAUGAGAAUCUCCCGCAGACGACUCAAGUAGCUGAGUUAGUUGCUGUGCGUGCGGUUUUGAGAAUGGCCGAGAAUGUCUUGGAUGCUUUUAUCGACCGGGGUGGAAAUGAUGACGGCGAUGAGGACUCACCCAGAAUUUCUAAGAUCCUCAUCAUUACCAAUUCGCCGUAUGUGGUAGAUGGGUUCUCGGAUUGGAUCUACAAGUGGAAGGAAAAUGGAUUCAAGACCUCGACUGGCAAGCCGGUUGUUAAUGCAGAGCUAUUCCGAGAGCUGGACGCUUUGAUCUCGAAGUUCAAUCACUUUCAUAUUCCGGUUUGGUUUUGGCAGGUGAAGAAAGAAUUUAAUGCGUCGGCGGAUGCAUUGGCUCGUAAGCCUCUUUUUGGAGAGCAGAAGGUUCCGGCUUUGGUCCCGUUUGUUAGGGAUUAUAAGAAGUUUCCGAAGAAGUGUUGA